GAAUUUGGACUUUCUCUUCCUUGCAAUUGAUUUGUUCUUCAGCAAAGUUCCUAUUAAUUCAAGAUGGCAACGCACAAUAUCGUGGUUCUGGGCGGAGAUCACUGUGGCCCUGAGGUGGUCAAUGAGGCAGUCAAGGUCAUCAAGGUUGUUGAGUCCUUAAGCCCAUCAGCAGGAAAGUUCAACCUGCAGGAGCACCUCUUUGGCGGUGCCUCCAUCGAUGCUCAUGGCACCCCUCUUACCGAUGAGACCCUCGCCGCUGCCAAGUCGGCCGACGCCGUCCUCCUCGGAUCCAUCGGCGGGCCAGAAUGGGGCCCCUCGUCACCUUUGCGGCCCGAGGCGGGCAUCCUCAAGCUGCGCAAGGAGCUCGAGACAUACGGCAACCUGCGCCCCUGCAGCUUCGCCUCCGAGUCCCUAGUCGACAGCUCGCCACUCAAGGCAGAAGUAUGCCGCGGCACCGACUUUGUCGUCGUUCGCGAGCUGACGGGCGGCAUCUACUUUGGCGACCGCCAGGAGGAUGAUGGCAUCAAGGGCUUUGCCAUGGACACAGAGCCCUACAGCCGGGCCGAGAUUGAGCGUAUCGCCCGCCUGUCAGCCUUCCUUGCCCUGGCCCAGGACCCCCCAGCCAAGGUCUGGAGUCUCGACAAGGCCAACGUCCUGGCCACCAGCCGCCUGUGGAGGAAGACGGUCACCGACCUGUUCGCCCGCGAGUUCCCCCAGCUGCAGCUCGAGCACCAGCUCAUCGACUCGGCCGCCAUGCUCAUGGUCAAGAGCCCCCGCACCCUCAACGGCAUCGUCAUGACGAGCAACCUGUUUGGCGAUAUCAUUAGCGACGAGGCCAGCGUCAUCCCUGGCAGCAUCGGCCUGCUGCCCAGUGCCAGCCUGGGUGGUCUGCCCGACGGCAAGAGCAAGUGCAACGGCAUCUACGAGCCCAUCCACGGCUCGGCACCUGACAUCUCCGGCAAGGGCAUCGUCAACCCCAUUGGCACCAUCCUGUCCGUGGCCAUGAUGUUUAGGUAUUCCCUCGGUCUGCCCAACGAGGCAAAGGCCGUCGAGCUGGCUGUCAAGAACGCCAUCGACAACGGCACCCGCACGAAGGAUCUUGCGGGCAGCGCCACCACCAAGGAUAUGGGUGACGCGGUGGUUGCGGAGCUGGAGAAGAUCCUCAAGAAGUGA